AUGGACUCGACAUUUAACAUGAGUGACCUUUGUGCUUUGCGAAACCUAAUUGCUCCUGAUGAUUGUUCAAGUGAUGAAGAGAAUCUUGCAAAACCAUCAAUCAGAAACAACCCCUCUGAUUUUGGGCCGAAAAAGAAGAAAAAAGGCCGGGAGGUUGAAAAAAAACAGGUGAGAGACACUAGUGCUAUUUGGCAGGCAGAUGAAGUUCCCGAAGUCGAUUAUGUGGAAGAUAUCUACGAUCCUAGACCACAACCAGAGUACGAAAUUCAUUUCAAACAGGACGUAAGUGCAGAGGAUAUGUUUCUUCAAAUGGGCCCAAAAAAUGCAACAACUGCCUGCUGUGAGUACAUGGUGGUGGCGGUAAAAUUACCCGGAGUAAGCGCUAAACAAAUCAAUUUGGAUAUAAAGGAGCAAUUUUUGGAUCUCCGGACCCCAAAGUAUAAACUUGGUCUGCAUCUUCCGAAUCGGGUAAAACCGGAGUCCUCGCACGCCAAAUGGCUCGACGAGCAGUCAGCGCUGGAGGUCACUCUUUUAAACGACAGAGAGCUCGAUUUUAUGAAUUUUUAA